AUGGAUCGCCGCAUCGUACCUGUCUCGCCGGCUAGCGGGCGCGGCGAGCUCGUGGUCAUCGAGGUGCUGCAACAGGGCGCCCACGCACUCGAUGUCCGGCUGGUUGGGUGUGAAGGCGAGAGCCCGUACGUCGCAAACAUCAAACACAGCCAGCUUCCAAAAUUGAAACACAAAUUCAAGGGCAGCGACGCAGAGUGGGAGGCCAUCCUGGCUCACUUCCUGCUGCAGAAGCAGCCAGACCCAAAUCAGUCCAAUUUAUUCGAAGGCGUGCACAUGGUCUACGCAUUGAAAAAGAAUAAUCUCCAAGUCUCUAUUCGGCAAGAUGUUCAAGGGAUCAAGGUCACCUGGGGUGAGAUCAUACUGCCCAGAGAUGAUGAGUUCGAGUUCAACCCGUUUGAGUGGGCCCAGGCAUCUGCCCAGGCGCAUUCCCAGACGCUGCAAGAGCUGGCCGAAGUGAGGGCGCGGAUGGACGGCGAGAAGGACACCAUCACAAGGCUCAAUCUUCAGCUAGAUGACUUUAUCAAAACUAAAAAUGAGGCUGAAACAGCCAUGUUGCAGCAGUUCAUGGAGCUGCUAAACGAGAAAAAGAGGAAGAUCCGAGACCAGAGUCGUUUGCUCGCGAGCGCAAAAGUCGACAAGUUUACAGCAACUGCGAUACAGUCAGCUAGGACAGAAACACCACGCAAAGCAGGUCCGUCACGGACGUCUAAGCGGAAAGCACCGAGCAGGGCUGCCAAAGUCGCUGUGCAGCAAGACUCCGAUAGCGACCAAAAUCAAAUCAAGGCCGAUGAAGCGGGGUCGGAAGAACCAGAUGAAGACGACGGUACCACUGGCCGGGCCACGCCAGAUCACGGGUCUGACACUGAAACGGAGUCCGAAGUUGAGGCGUCUGACAGCGGCCGAGAAGGUGGGUCACCUGAGACACUUAAAUCAACUUCUACAGCUGCGCAACCUACGAACGAGUCUGAUCCAUCAAGCAACGGACCGCCGCCGCCGCGUUCCUUACCAUUCGGCAGAGCAGGCACGCGGAGCAAGGGGCUAGUCAAGAAACCUUCGCCGCCGCCGCCAGCAGACGACGAUGACGACGAAACCGACGAUGAAGAGCUUUGA